UAUAUGCACCCCUUUAUCAAGGGCAGCAGAAAUCAACCGGAGUUAAUUUCCAUUGCAUAGCUAACGCCAGUUAGCUACUCAUUGGAUUUAAUGGCUAGUUUGAACAUAUUGCUCGCGAUUUUCUUUCUUAUUCCUGCGCGCUGCGCGGCAGGUAACGGAGUUCCCAGAUCCUGUGAGGAUGUUUUGAGCCAUUAUUCUGGUACCUUUUUUAAGGAAGGUGUAUACACCAUAGACCCCGAUGGGGCAGGGGGAGUGGGCGCGUUUCAAGUUACCUGUACAACCAGAGAUGACUUACCUGGCCACGGUGUCACCUUAGUGCCUCACCAAGGUGGUAUUGUACCACAUUCGCAGUAUUUUAAAGGUCCAGGUGCUAUUUCACGAAGCGCUGCAUUUGAUUACAGACUAACGGAAGAGCAACUUGAAAGUCUAACCCGUAUAUCAGGCAAAUGUCGACAGUUUGUUCGGUUUUCAUGUUUUGAAGCAAGUAAUUUCGUCUUGACACCUUGGUGGGUUUCCCGACAAGGGUGGAACAUGACCAACUGGGGAGGUGCCCCGACAAAUAGCUCUAAGUGUGCAUGUGCGAUGAAAAAUAACUGUGACCGUUCAUACCGAAAGUGUAAUUGCCAAAUCAAUGACUUAGUGUGGCGAAAUGACGAAGGGCAUCUUGACGAUAAGCGCUAUCUGCCGGUGAAAAAGGUGCAUAUUCGUGAUCUAGAUGAUAGCAAUGAAGAGGUUUAUUUAAUGGUGAAGCCGAUGGAAUGUUACGGAGCUUUGGCAAGCGGUUCGCCUACUGAAAAAUGCCUCUGCAGUCUUCACGCCGAAGCGAAAGGCUCUACCAAAGCGGGGCCGUUGCUUUUUCAACUCCCAGAUCUCAUCUACGGACAAGGCUACUACGACGUAUGGAUAGAUGACGGCAACCAGAAAAGGAAGGUCACCGAUGUGUAUCCACAGUUCUUUUAUACCAAGAUACGCCGCCAAAUAUUGCCUUCCAUCACUGUGAGCCCUGUCACCUCACCGGAGUGCACCAACGUGUUACAGAGAUGUCCAGUGGACUGUGAACGACUGGCCAAGUUGACACUUGCGACCAUGCGCCUGACCACCAACAUAACCAAUGGCGGCGUCCAAAAACCCUUGGGUCAAGUCAUGUGUGAGAAUGUCGGGGUGACCAUUCCUCCCCCUGGAAGUCGUAUUGUGGCCUUCUACAAGACUGCGCCUGCCUGUGGUUCGUCUGGCAGUUCAACGCAUGUCUUCUCAGAUAAUCCGACCAUUUGUUGCAAUGUAUUCACCUUGCCUUUCACCAACCAGGCGUACAACGUGUUCAAUGAGAAAUGUAGCCCCAACAUGGACAUCAGCGCCAUCUUCGGUUGAGAAAACGGGAAAUAAAUUCAUUUUGUUUAAGGCAUUUGUGAAAUUACUGUAAUUUUCACAGUUGUAAAAGUAAAGUUCUUGCAAAAUU